AUACUUGUUUGGAAUAUUCUUUGAUGCGUUAAUGUGGUUUGCGGUUUCGUUUGAUAUUAGUAGCUGUUAAUAGGUUUGAAGUAUUCUAAGUUGUGUAUUUUUGUUAAGGGAGUGUAUUCGAAGCUCUUUUGAAGAAGUCUGAUCUUUUUCGUACAGAAAAGUACCAACGUUUGAUCAACACCUAAAGUUGGGAGAGAUCACUAGCUAGGAACAAGAGGUGCGGCGUGGUGCAGGCAUGCGCCGCAAGAGACGCCUGGAGCAGGGGCCGGGGGACGGCGACGGCGGCUUGCCGGUUAAGAGAGCGCGUCUCGCCGGAGACCACCACGCCUCCUCGGAGCAGUCGGGUGCGGUCCGGGCGAACACGGCUGUGCCUGCGAGCUGCAGCGCUCCCGCUGCCUCCCGCCUGGAGACCACGCAACAAGCGGAGGACUUUGGACGGCGGGAACUCCCCGACGAGUAUCACCUCGGAGCACCAACCCUGGCGGGCUGGCAGACCCCGGAGAGGAGGUGCCUGUCUCCCAUGGACACCAGCUCGCGCCUGGAGAGACACAGCCCUGCGUCCAGCAGCCUGGGAAUGGAGUGGUCCCCGCAGAGACAGUGGUGGUGGCAAUACCCGGAGGAUAUCAUUAUGGAAGAUGCACCAAUUUACCAGCUGGAAGCACCUGGCCGCGGCGACCUGUUUGCGGGCGGGCGGUGCUCACCUAUGGACUGUUCAUCGCCACCGAGAGCGUGCCCCAGCGCUGCAGUCGCCUGCGGUCCCGAAAUUGAGUGGUCCCCCCAACAUGUGACAUCGGCAGACCGACCUGACUCAGCUACCUACCGGCCAGGAUUGCAACCAACGAUAGAGGUCAUAGACCUGACCAGUGAACCCGAUGACGAAAAUACAUUUCAACAAAGUCGCAGAGUCCCACACCGCGGCCAGGCGAUUCCGCCUGCUGUCAGACCGGCACGUCUCUCCCAAAUUGAGUGGUCCCCUCAACAUGUGACAUCGGCAGACCGACCUGACUCCGCUACCCACCGGCCAGGAUUGCAACCAACGAUAGAGGUCAUAGACCUGACCAGUGAACCCGAUGACGAAAAUACAUUUCAACAAAGUCGCAGAGUCCCGCAUCGCGGCCAGGCGCCACCGCCCGCUGUCAGACCGGCCCGCCUCUCCCAAAUUGAGUGGUCCCCUCAACAUGUGACAUCGGCAGACCGACCUGACUCCGCUACCCACCGGCCAGGAUUGCAACCAACGAUAGAGGUCAUAGACCUGACCAGUGAACCCGAUGACGAAAAUACAUUUCAACAAAGUCGCAGAUUCCCGCAACGCGGCCAGGCGCCUCCGCCCGCUGCCAUGACCCGUACGCCGCUCCUAAAUUGAGUGGUCCCCUCAACAUGUGACAUCGGCAGACCGACCUGACUCCGCUCCCCACCGGCCAGGGUUGCAACCAACGAUAGAGGUCAUAGACCUGACCAGUGAACCCGAUGACGAAAAUACAUUUCAACAAAGUCGCAGAGUCCCGCAACGCGGCCAGGCGCCUUCGCCUGCUGCCAUGACCCGCACGCCGCUCCCAAAUUGAGUGGUCCCCUCAACAUGUGACAUCGGCAGACCGACCUGACUCCGCUACCCACCGGCCAGGAUUGCAACCAACGAUAGAGGUCAUAGACCUGACCAGUGCACCCGAUGACGAAAAUACAUUUCAACACAGUCGCAGAGUCCCACACCGCGGCCAGGCGACUCCGCCUGCUGUCAGACCGGCACGUCUCUCCCGCGCAGCAAACAAGACAACGAAGUUAUUACCAUUGAUUUGACUUCCGAUGGCGAAGAAUGAAAUGAGAGUGGAACUGAAUAAUUCUGGGACAACAUAAAUGACGUCACGUAGCUUCAAA